AUGAUCACGUGACUUAUUUAGGGAAGAAGGUCAGUCAAGAUGGCGGCCACAUCUGAAAACAAUCUCGUUGACAUUGGAAGAGAUCUAACACGAGAACAACGGUCUCUAACGGUCACAGACCUUGACAAGGAAGUUUUAGAAUCUGGACAUUUUAAAAGCGAUCAAAUCAAAGAAUCCCAACUCUAUCGAGAGGUCCAAAAUGUUCAACAAGUUAUUAGGUUAACAGAAGACGAAUUAAAGAAUUUAAAAGAGCUUCACAAAAGGACAGGAUUCUCCCAUCCACCAUCUAUAUAUUUUGAGGAAGUCGAAGAUUUAACGGUGAAAUUGGAUGCGCUGCGCAAUAAAGAGAAAACACUGUUGCACAAAAAACCAGUGCAAAAUGGUAAUAUUCACAAUGAUUCUUCAGACGAUAGUGCACCCUCAUCUCCCUCACCUCUUCGCUCUGGAGCAACAUCGACGUCGUCAUAUGGAGAUGUGAUCCCGUCAUCACCGCUUCGUGCUCAUUUCAGAGCUUACCUACCAAACAACCAACGUACAAUGAUAAAAUAUAAACAUGGGCAAACAGUCCGCGAUGCAUUGUACAAGGCAAUGACCUUACGAGCUUUAACAGCUGAUUCAUAUGUCGUUUAUCUUAAAUCCACACGGGAGAGAGUUGACUGGGACGCUGAUGUGGCAUCAUUAGACGGUGCCGAGGUUUCAGUUGAAUUAUUCGAUGACAAUUACAAUUCACAAACGCAGAGCUUGUCACAUAAUUUUGUUCGGAAAACAUUUUUUACGCUGGCAUUCUGCGAUGCAUGUCGAAAGCUGUUAUUUCAAGGAUUUAGAUGUACAACUUGCGGGUACAGAUUUCAUCAAAAAUGUGGAGCUCCAUCGUUGUGUCAGCAAGCCGAACAUCUUAAUAUCUACAAAAGAAUGUUAGCGUCAAACCCGCCAGCUGCAACGUUACCCAAUAUGCCAACAACACCUCGACCUCUAGGACCGAGAGAAAGAUCUAUAUCAGCUCCUAACGUAAAUAUGAUAGGUCAGCCAGGUGGUCCUGAAAGUAUUAUUGUUGAAGUAGUUCUUGAAAAGAAUUAUCAGCAUUCACGAACGCGUCAUGAACCUGCUACGAUAUCAGGUGGUCUCAUACGACAGCUUUCUGGUCAGAGUAGUCAACGUGGCCACCUUUCUGACAUCUUUACACCCGAUCGAGAUCAGGGAAACGUUUUCAACUUUUCGGCAGCAAACUCGGUACCUCUAUCCAACGUUCCUACAUCGCAACCGCACCAACCAAUUUCCGGCAUACCUGGAUCAUUACUUCACCCAGCUAAAGUAAGGCACCGAUCAAAAUCACAUUCAGAUAACGACAAUGUCAAAAAGACGAGAAAUUCGCGGCGUGAUUCGAAUGACGAUUGGGAAAUAAACGACGGAGAAGUUCAAGUUGGUCAAAGGAUAGGAUCUGGAUCAUAUGGGACAGUGUACAAAGGCUUUUGGCAUGGAACUGUAGCCGUAAAAAUGUUGAACGUAAAGGAUCCGAACCCUCAACAACUACAAGCUUUUAAAAACGAAGUAGCUGUUUUGCGCAAAACCAGACACGUUAAUAUUCUGCUUUUCAUGGGUUGCAUGUCGAAACCGAAUUUAUCGAUCGUUACGCAAUGGUGCGAAGGUUCUAGUUUGUACAGACAUUUGCAUGUAAUGGAGAACAAAUUCACCAUGGUACAGUUGUUAGAAAUUGCUCGACAAAGCGCACAGGGUGUUGAUUACUUACAUGCGAAAUCAAUUAUACAUCGAGAUUUGAAGUCAAACAAUAUUUUUCUGCAAGAAGACUUAACCGUGAAGGUGGGUGAUUUUGGACUUGCAACCGUCAAAACAAGGUGGAGUGGAGACCAUGGGUGUGAACAACCAUCUGGUUCUAUAUUGUGGAUGGCUCCUGAAGUGAUAAAGAUGCAGGAUCCGAACCCAUACACUUUCAUGUCUGACGUUUACGCGUUCGGAAUUUGCAUCUACGAACUCAUCACCUCUACGCUACCAUAUUCAAACAUUGGAAAUAAAGACCAGCUUAUAUACAUGGUGGGGCGAGGUUAUUUGAGACCCGACCAAAGCAAGAUUAGGUCGGACUGCCCUAAAGCGUUACGGAGACUAUACAUAGAUUGUAUAAAGUAUAAUCGUGAAGAACGGCCUCUGUUUAUUCAGAUUUUAGCGUCAAUCGAAUCCAUCCUACGGGCUUUGCCAAAGAUAACUCGCAGUACCUCAGAACCUCUUUUGCACCGUGCAAAACCAAGCACCGAUGUUGACAUAUCGUAUCCAUGCCCAACGCCACACACGCCCAUAAGAGGUUCGGGCGUGUUUAAUUUUUACUCUGCGCAACAGCAACCUGUUUAUUAGAUAAACAAAUCGUAAACGUUUUUGCAGAGUGAGAAAAUCAUUGUAUCCGCCCUGUUUAUCAGGUGUAUUCAGACUAUAGAUAGUGUGGCCCAGAAAAUGUGACAAACAUCCUAUCAGGUGUGUGCGAAGUGGCAACAUCUUGCAAUGUGUCUUGACGAUUAAUCCAAGAACAAAUAAAACAGAUUUUUUUUACAAGUUUGUUGUAAUUAACGGAAUAUUUUGUGUCCAGUUGAAUUUAUUUAUUGUGAAAAAGUUUAUUUAACGUGACACUCGCUAAUUUAAUUGUGAAUGAUUGCUCUUAUUUGCAACUACAUAGAAACAAUACGUGAUUCUCAAAUCAAAUCAAAUUCAAGUUUUAUGGGGUUUUUCAAACGUGUUUUGUCAAUGUAUAUGUUAAACAAUCAACAUAUAAAAUGGGUGUGUCUGCUUAUUAUUGACGUUCAGGUCGGUUCCCAUUAAGUCAGUAUUUGUGGUGGAAUAUCUCUUGUGUUGUUGCUUGGCAACUGUUGCUUAACACUGUGGUAUAAACGAACCUUUGGUUGUGACAAUAUAUCUUUGUAUGAACUUUGGUAAACGAUAUCUUGUUUCGUGGAUUAUUUAGCUGAAGAGAAUGAAUGUGUGUGAUUUCUUUUUUUAUCGCUUUUAAAUCUCUCCCGUAGCAUUUAAAUCGAUUUACGAAAUGAAUUUUUUUAUUUUUAUUUUAUUUUUAUUUAAUAGAUAUAUAUUUACAUAAUUAGACACGAAAGCAAUUUUUGGAGAAGUUGUUUGAUUGUGCACAUAUUUUUAUAUGCACCUGCAAGAGUGUCUCACUAGUCUUUUCCCCAGCAAGUCACACCAUAAAUUUGCCUAUGCUUAUCCAUACAUGAGUACAACAUCUUAGGUUCUUUUUCUUAUUUUUUACUAUUCACCUUUUUAUGUUUUUUUACUUCUUUGGGAGCUUAAUGAUUUGUGUACUGUCACUUUAUCACUGUGUACAUAGCAAACAUCAGGUUGGUGUCGGUAUACAUAUGUACAUAUAGUAAAUUAAAAGUUUUUGUAUACGUUGUCUAUCUUACUUCGAAAAAAAAAUGAAAUAUAUCGAUUUUAUCAGAUAA